AUGGAGCCGGGCAGCUCCAACCUCCUGGAUGUUCUCUUUGAGCGGCGAGAAGACCUGUACCCCAGCGGCACCUUCUCUGGAGCAGACCCCAGACUCAGCUUCCCUCUCCAAGACCAUGCUUACGGAUGCGUCUCGGAGAAAACUUAUGAGAUGUGGGCGCCCGGCAGGGAACAGGUCCAGAACGACAGCGACCCGGAAGACCUCUUGCAGAUGUUCAUCAACCCCAACGAUGUCUACAGUUCGAGGAGUCCCCUGGCCUCCCCGGAGAGCGACAGCGGCAUCUCUGAGGACCCCCGGGCGGACACCCCCUUACAACACGAGGCGGCCUCCCUGGAUUUGUCCCCCGGGGCCAUUUACGAGGUCAUCUGUGACUCUGCGUUGACGGAGGGGGAGACUCUGCCAGCUAACAUCUUCUCCGGCCUAGGAAACUGGAGCCCUCCUCUAAUGCAUCCUGAGGCCUGCAUUACGAGCGAAAUUUCACCAGUCCUUUUUGAGAACGUGAUGCAGCCCAAUACGGCAGAGAUUUCCAUGGACCAGGGCUCCUUCCUGCAGCGUCACCACCUGGGCUUCUUCUUGACGGAAGAGGAGAGGCGGCUGCUGAGCCAGGAAGGCGUGUCAGUGCAAGGCAACCUGCCCCUCACGAAGGCGGAGGAGCGGGUCCUGAAGAAAGUGCGGCGGAAAAUCCGGAACAAACAGUCGGCUCAGGACAGCCGCCGACGGAAGAAGGAGUAUAUCGACGGGUUGGAGAACCGGGUGGCAGCGUAUUCAUCCCAGAACCAGGAACUGAAGAAGAAACUGCAGGAGCUUCAGACACACAACGUAUCCCUGGUCAGCCAGCUCCAGAAAAUGCAGGGCCUCAUCAAGCAGACGUCCACCAAGGCCGCCCAGACCAGCACUUGCCUUGUGAUCCUCAUCUUCUCUCUCGGACUGCUCAUCCUUCCCAGCUGCAGUUCCUUGCUUGGGGGGACCCAAAUAAGCCAGGAAGGAUAUCGACCCUCUGGAGUGAUCUCCAGAACGAUCCUGACCGAGGGAGGGCUCUCUGAUCCGGAGGAGCCCCCUGGUGCUGACGAACCAGAACCAAGUCUUCUGGAAACUGGACCACUGCCGAAAAGCUGGGUGGAUCCAGAUGCCAGCAGUGGGCUCCAAGAGAGCAGUGGGGAGAGAUUGUUUAACGCAUCCACUGCGGGCCCUUUUGGGAACUCGAAGACGGAGCCGAACGAGAUUCUGCUGGCCAAAGCAGAGAAGCCCGUGCCUGAAAGAGACCCGGCCAAGCAAUUACAUGCGGAUGAGAUGUGAGAGCUAGAGAGCUUCUAUGGAACGAGGCCACGUAUUCGAAACAUCCGACUUGGGACUCUCUGGCGCCGUUUGUAC